AUGCAUGUCCUGUGUGUCGCUGAGAAGCCAAGUGUAGCAAAGACACUCACCGAGAUACUGUCUGCUUCCAGAUUUGAUACAAGACCUUCUGCCGAUAUGUACGUCAAGAACUAUGAUUUCACUUACAACCUCAACAACAGACCCACACGGUUCACCAUGACAGCUUUGAGGGGACAUAUUAUAGAGCUACAUUUUGACGGUGCCAUCGACAGGAAUUGGAGCGAUUUCAACUUUGAAGAUCUGUUCCAUGUGCCCAUCCGAAAAGCAAUUGCAGAGCAGAGCAUCGCCUUGUCAAACAAUAUUCGAAAUCAAGUCAGACAUUGUGAUGUGCUCUUUAUAUGGACAGAUUGCGAUAGAGAAGGAGAGGCGAUUGGAGGCGAUGUGGCAGAUCUAUGCAGACAGGUGAAUCCUCGAAUCCAAGUAUGGCGAGCCAGAUUUUCCACCAUGCAACCCCAAGAGAUUCAUCAUGCUGCGCAAAACCACGCACAAUUGGACAUGCGACAAGUGGAAGCUGUCAGAAUCCGCACUGAACUAGACUUUCGCAUUGGAGCAGCCUUUACACGAUUGCAGACUACACGCUUAAGGCCACAUUUCCAAAGCCAAAAUAAUAAAGUCGUGAGUUAUGGCAGCUGUCAGUUUCCAACAUUGGGUUUUGUUGUGGAUCGCUAUCAACAAAUUCAAAAUUUCAUUCCCGAGCCGUUCUGGAAGAUUGUGCUAUCGUAUGUUCAUCGCAGAAACGAUGGCUCAGAACUAGUGACCAUGUUCAAAUGGAGGAGAGAACAUCUGUUUGAUCAGUGGGCCUGCUUCAUCUUGUACGAGAUCUGCUUUGAAAAGAAAAUUGCUACAGUCACCCAAGUCAAGUCCAAAUCAACAUCCAAAUGGAAGCCUCUGCCGCUGACGACGGUGGAACUGCAAAAAGUGGCAUGUCGUGCUCUUCGCAUGUCUGGCCACCAGAUCAUGAACAUUGCAGAGAAGCUGUAUUCCAUCGGUUUGAUCAGUUACCCUAGAACAGAGACAGAUCAGUUUGAUCCAGACUUCGAUUUCAUGUCCUUGAUUAACAUGCAGACAGGCGAUCCGCAAUGGGGCCAAUACGCUCAACUCUUGCGAGACGGUGAAUUCGAGCGACCUCGCAACGGUAGAGGAAACGACAGAGCACAUCCACCUAUUCACCCGACCAAAUACAGCUUGGCUGGACUCAAUGCUGACGAGAAACGAGUGUAUGAAUUCAUUGUGCGUCGGUUCCUGGGCUGUUGCUGGAAGAAUGCGCUUGGACACGAAACGGCAGUGGAGGUCAAGAUGGACACCGAAUACUUUGACGCAAAGGGCCUCGUCAUCUUGCAGAGAAACUAUCUCGAAGUCUACACCUAUGAUCGAUGGAAUGGCAAUGAGAUACCUGAAUUUGUCGAAGGCGAUGAAUUUAUACCAGACACACUCAAAUUCGAAUCAGGACGCACGACACCACCGCAACUGUUGACAGAACCAGAUUUGAUCAGUUUGAUGGAAAAGAACGAAAUUGGCACAGAUGCAACGAUCGCAGAGCAUAUACAGAAGAUCAUUGAUCGAGGUUACGUUUUUAAAGAGAAUCAGUACUUUAAGCCCCUGACAUUGGGCAUCGCGCUGGUACUCGGCUAUGAUCAAAUAGAUUUUGAAGCAAGUUUGAGCAAGCCAUUUUUACGAAGACAGAUGGAGGCAGACCUGAAAUCUAUUUGUGAAGGCAAUGUAGGCCAAGAAGAGGUGCUGGCUCGAGGUAUAGCUCGUUAUCGCGAAAUGUUCCAACGCACAAUCGAGGAGUUUUCCAGGAUCAAUGCAUCCAUGACCCAAUAUUUUAGAGACGAUGAUGAUUCUCGACACAAUACUGGACGCGGCGGCGGCAAUGACAAUGGCGGUUUUGGUGGAGGCAGAGGUGGCGGUAGUGGCGGUGGAAGAGGUGGAAGAGGCGGUGGCCAGGGUCGUGGAUCUGGCAGAGGCAACAACCAUGACAAUGGAAAUGGUGGAGGUCGUGGCAGAGGAAGAGGCGCUGGAUCUACUUUCAACAAUGCUUCAGGUGGAUUUCAACGCCGUGGCCCACCACUGGAUCCUCCAAAAUGCAAAGAUCAUCAGCGGCCCAUGGUAUUGCGAACAGUCAACAAGGCUGGACCGAAUAAAGGAAGAGAAUUCUACACUUGCACGGACGACAAUUCAUGCACAUUCGAAUGGGCAGACGAGCAGGGCGCAACUACAGCCAGAACUUCCAGCAACACAAGCACGCACACUCGUGGCAGCAACAAUAGUAGCAAUGCUACACCCUUUUGUAAAUGCGGAAAGAGCAGUGUAGAACGUACGGUACGAAAGGAGGGCCCAAACAAAGGAAGGAUGUUCUAUGGCUGUUCUGCUGGCAAAGAUACUGGCUGCGACUACUUUGAAUGGGUUGACCAAAUGUAA